UCGAUGAUCUCGCUCAUUUUCGCCAUUAAAGAGCCGCUGGUCUGCUAGCGACGCAGCUGAGCUAGCUCGUGUUAGCGCAGCACAAUAUGCCGCAUUUAUACCAGGAGUCGUCGCUUUAUAUGACUGCGUUCUUAAUUACUGCGUAAAUGGCCGGGGCGAAUUAAAGCAGAAGGGUGUUUUUAGUAACGCUGUAGUCGUACAUAUUUUAUUUAGUUAGGAGUCCAGCGCUAACGUUACUUCCUUGCGGAAGUUUUGCUAACACCGGCUCCGCUAGCACCUGCUAGCCACCGUUAGCUAGCGAGACACCGCUGUAUGCUCCUGCUCUAACAUUAGAUGUUCGUGUCGGGGGUAAUAACGUUGCGUGUAAGGUGGCGCGCUGCGUUACAAGUGGCGCUAAAUGUGUGCAAUGAACCGGCCGAGUGUUGGCCGGAGGUGGCGCAGUGACAAGAGAUAGCAGCCUUCAGCUAGCCGUAUGCUGUGUCCUUCGGGGUGACGUAACGUGGAGUAAAGUAAAGCGGAGGCGUCCGCGCUGGCGGUGCUGGCGGCGCUGGUUAACCUCCUCUUGAUGACGUCAAGGCCCGUGAUGUUACCGCGGUGCCGGUGGCCUCCAGCGGAUGUUAAAGUCGCAUGUAAAAAGCACUGGCUCGUUAAAAUGACGCCAUUUUACCCUUGAAAUGUUAUGAGGUUACGAAGUAGCUACACUUCUUUUGGCUCCACACAUGACCCUUGUUGACUCGUUAUUCUGGUUGUAUAUCCUUAUGGUUGAAAUGCACUUAUUUAAAGUUGCUCUGUAUAAAAGCGUCAGCUAAAUGACAUGUUAUACAAUUUAAAUUCGUUGACUGUAUAAUACCAGGAUGCUGACUGCUUAAAUUUAACUAUCUCACUGAAUAGUCAGGGGAGAAUAUGUGUUUACCUCUCAGGGUGUGUGUUGAAGUACUAUCGACGCGAUAUCAUUUUGCAAACACAUUUGUUACUUGUCAGAACGCCCACACUCUUGCUUCCCUUCGCCAGGAGAUUUCAUGGCUACAACAGUUCAACAGCGCUUUGUGUCAUAAUGUCUACAUGUUUUUGUUUGUCAAAUUAGGUUAUGCAACAUGGAACAUUGUGCACUGCGGAGUACGACUCCUUUUGUGUCGUGAUCAGAAUGCCCGGGUGGACAGGUGUCCACGCAUCCGGGGGGAUAAUUAGGUCAGGUGUUCCUUUUAGCUGAGAUGUCUCACUCUGUCCCUGCACAACCGGUACAGAGGCUUAGUCUGAUCCCUUCCAGAGUUCUAAGCGUGUCACAGACAACGAUAUAGACAUGGUUGAUAAAGGCUGUGCCACUUUGAACUGUAGGUAAAUAAAUGCAUUAUUCUUUUAGCUGGAAUAGAAAAAAGUUAUGUUCUCCAAAAACAGGGAAUGGACUCCAUCCAACUGCAAUCAGACCGUAUUAGUCGUAAAGCCCUCUGCACUAGAUGUGCUGGGCUAACUAAGUUUUUCCACUGCAGAGCCCGGAACCGGCCUUUGACCACACUUGUUCAUUGCAAACAGCUGUAGCUCCUCAGCUUUGUUUUGAUGAAAGAACACUAUGCUCAGUAUGUAGCGGCACGGUGGGAGCCAUCGUGACCUGCCCCCUGGAAGUGUUGAAAACACGGCUGCAGUCCUCCGGCCUCUCCCUCCGACCCGUCUUCCAGGUCCAGAUGGGCACCCUCAACGGAACCGGAGUUAUUCGCCCUGGGACAGUUACUCCAGGGCUCCUGCAGGUCCUACGCUCCAUACUCGAAAAAGAGGGACCAAGAUCACUUUUCCGUGGGCUGGGGCCAAAUCUCGUUGGCGUGGCACCCUCAAGAGCCAUUUACUUUGCUGCGUACUCAAAAGCUAAAGAGACGUUCAAUGGGCUGUUUGUCCCUAAUAGUGGAGUGGUGCACAUGUCCUCUGCCGGUGUUGCAGCUUUUGUUACUAAUUCUCUGAUGAACCCCGUCUGGAUGGUCAAGACCAGAAUGCAGCUGGAGAAAAAAGCCAAAGGAGAGAAGAAGAUGAAUGCACUGCAGUGUGCCCGGUAUGUUCACAAAACGGAAGGAAUUCGGGGCUUCUACCGAGGCCUGACUGCAUCUUACGCUGGCAUCUCGGAGACCAUGAUCUGCUUCCUCAUCUACGAGACGCUGAAGAAACACCUCGCCGCGAGCCAAUUCGCCUCCUCGAAUGGCGGAAAGGAGAAGGGAGCAUCGGACUUCCUGGGUCUGAUGAUGGCUGCUGCUUUUUCAAAGGGGUGUGCUUCCUGCAUUGCCUACCCACAUGAGGUCAUUCGAACGAGGCUUCGUGAAGAAGGCAGCAAGUACAAGUAUUUCUUCCAGACAGGACGGUUGAUAGCGGUGGAAGAAGGCUAUGCAGCUUUUUAUAGAGGACUCAUUCCACAGCUAAUUAGGCAAAUCCCUAACACGGCCAUCGUCCUCUCCACGUACGAACUCAUUGUCCAUCUUCUUGGGGAUUCAAAGUGAAGAAGCCGCUGGGAGCCUACAAACGAUGGAUGCGACCCAAAACGGGAUGGGCAAGAGACUUUUGAAAAUGCAGUACAUAAAUUUUAUUUAUGUGGUGCUACAGAGACUUUUAUGGUGGCGCUGAAGCAGGUUGUACUGUUAUCCAAAGAGCUAUACACAUUAUUUUAUUAAAGGCUUGUUAGGAGUUUUUCAAAAGCCACUGAAAAAGUCAUGGUACUUCAAUUAAAACUCCACACCUGCGAAAAAGGUCAUCUUGUUAAAGGGUUCGUGUUAAGUUAACUAAAUUAUUGUAUAUUUUGUUCUCUUAUGUCAUUGUUUGUUCCCUUAUCAGUGGUUAAUGUACCAACACGCAUGACUGCAUAAGUUGACUCUUGGUUACUCAGAUUAAGUACUAGUAUUAGUGCUGUUCGCUGAACUGUAACAACCACAAAUCAUUGAGUUUUGCUUUUCAAAAUCACUUGUUUUGAGCUUUGAUAUUUUUCAGAAAAUUGUAUUGUAAUAUUUUUCAUUAAUAUACAUACAUACAUACAUGCAUACAAGCAUGCAGACGUAUAUCUGUAUGCCGUCUUUGUGGGUGGGGGGGAGAAAGUCACCUUUUUAGAAAAUAAUGACAACUUGGAUGCCUAUUUGACCAAUGGCGCAAUAAAAUGCAUCAAGAAACAUAA